UGCUAGGUAAUACAUGUUUGGUUUUGUAAGCACGAAGGGAUGAAAGGAGAGCAGAAGAACAGAGAAGCGGGUUCUAAAUACAGGGAAAGAGACAAUGUUACUGAGAGUGAUCCGAAGCAUCCACACGACUGUGGACGCUCCCCGCCUCACCAGAUUCUCUCUUAACGCCCCGAAGAAUGUAGAGGUAGAAUUUGCCAACAGCAGUGUGUUUAAUCUGUCAGCAGAGUUUCUUAGGAUACACAGCCCAGCUGCUGAUAGCAAAGUUCGGUCAGUUGGGGGUGAAAAGGUGAUAUUUGGGACGGCGUCAUGUGGGGAUCAUGUCUGCAGAGCCCAUUGGGAACUACGGGGAUGGUGUUCGAUGACCUACACAAAACUGGGAUUUAUACAUGGGAUUAUUUCUAUCAUCUUGGAAGCAAGAAGUUCACCCUAAUGAGAAACUAUAUCAAGACCCUAAAGAAGCAUGGACUAAGCCGCGACCCGCCUAGAAGAAAAUGACAGAGAACUUUCAUCUUAACCAUCCAUCUUUGGUUCUUCAAAUGGAGUCAUUUGUCAAGCUCACGGUCUCAGUUCCAGAGUUCAGUAGCUCUCCAUUCCCAUUUCUCCUCUGAAUGACAUGCAACCCAAAACAUGUACCAUUAUAGAUCAUCCAAAUGAGCUCAAACAAUGCUCAUUCUGUUUAUGGAGCUUUCUAGUUUAACUUCAUUCAGAUCGGGUAAUUCGCAAUUUUUGCAAUUCUGCCUAUGCCGUGUACAUUUAAGCCACUGAAGGGGGAGGGGGCUGCUUUUGAAAGCUAACUGCUGCGUUAAUAUUAUUAUGUAGAAAGCUAUUUUGGAUUGCAACAGUUAUGAAUGCGGUGAAUCAUAUUAUUAUUAUUAUUAUUAAUAAAUUUUUUGAAGUUAAAA